UUGGUUUGCCUCGUCCCCGGAUGAGAUCAUCCUGCGCAUGCAGAGUUACCCCCACGUCGCUUUGUGCCGUUGCUGGGGCUGGUCCUACCCCAGGAUUUGGGUGGAGUCGGUUGGGCAGGAUGGCCCUUGCGACCGUGCCAUCCUAUACGAGUCUCCCCCCUGUGGGUGGAUUGUUUAUAUAGCGUCGGUUGGACCCUGGGGUCGGGUCCAUCUUUCUACCCUACAUCGCUCUGUCCCGAGCGGAUUUCUCGUUGCUGCUGUGUUGUCGACUGAACCUCUCUCAUCAUGGACGACGGCAAGAUCACCGACCAUGAAGUGAUGGGCGACAAAGCAGAUAUCACCCAUGAGGAAGUGGUCCAGGUGUCUCAGUUGACGCCCGAGGAGCUGGAGAUCGAGAAGAAACUGCGGCGGCGCAUUGAUAGUUUAAUCAUGCCGUUGGUCAUUCUCGUGUAUCUGAUGAAUUAUAUUGAUCGGAAUAACUACGCCGCCGCCAAAUUGCAAGGUCUCAUGGAAGACUUGAACAUCAAUGACCAACAAUACCAGACCGGCCUGUCCGUUCUCUUCGUCGGUUACAUCCUAAUGCAAGUCCCGUCGAAUCUCCUUCUGAACUACAUGGGCCGACCGUCGCUCUACCUCGGCUUUUUCACCACGGCCUGGGGCCUGGUGUCGACGGUGACCAGCCAAGUCACGAGCUACGGGGGCAUCGUCGCCUGUCGGUUUAUCCUAGGUCUGGUGGAGGCGCCGUUCUUCGCCGGCGUGCUGUUCUACCUCUCCAAGUGGUAUACGAAGAAAGAGUUGGCCCUGCGCAUGAGUAUCUUCUACUCGGGCUCGCUGCUCAGCGGCGCCUUUGGCAACCUCAUCGCCGCCGGCAUCCUGAACGGUCUGCAGGGCCACCGGGGGAUUUCCGCCUGGCAGUGGUUAUACAUCAUCGAGGGCGCCAUCACCAUGGCCGUAGGCUUGACCGUGGCGGUGUUGCUGCCCGACUUCCCCGACACCUGGAAGCUGUUGUCGCCGGAGAUGAAGCAUGUGGCCAAUCGCCGCCUCGCUAUCGAGGCCGCGGAGGCGGACGUCGACGAAGCCGGCAAGAUGAGCCAGGUCAAGGGUCUGAAGCUGGCCUUCACGGACAUCAAGACCUACGCGCUCGCCCUCGCGUACAUGGCCAUCACCGGCGCCAGCGGCUUCCAGAACUUCUUCCCGACGCUGACCAGGACGCUGAACUUCAACGAGACCAUCUCGCUGCUGCUGGUGGCACCGCCCUAUAUCUUCAUGGUGGUGUACAGUCUCGCGCACUCCUACCUGUCGGACCGGUUCGGCCGCCGGUUCUGGUUCUUCGUCUACCCCAUCCCCAUCACGAUUAUCGGCUUCGUCGUCUUCAUGACCACUGACGGCUUCGGGCCGCGCUACUUCUCCUUCUUCCUCAUGAUCUUUGUCUUCGCGCAGAACGGCACCGUCUACUCCUGGAUCGCCAACUCCAUCCCGCGCCCGCCGGCGAAACGCGCGGCCGCGUACGCCUUCAUCAACUCGAUCGGCAACUCGGCCAGUAUCUGGACCCCGUAUACCUACCGCCACACGGAUUAUCCUUACUACCGCCCGGCCAUGGGGACGUGUAUUGGCCUGCAGGUCUUGGGGCUGGCGAUGGCGAUCCUGAUGUAUUUCCACCUGCGGAGCUUGAACAAACGGCUGGACCGGUUGGAGGACGAGGAGGUGACGUUGACGCCGAAGGAACUCGAACGGUUACAGAAGACGGCGGAGAUGGAGGGCAUCGACAUUGCGGCAGCGCGGCGGUUGCAAAAGGGGUUCCGAUAUAUGAUCUAAUAAUUGGAGUUGGGGCUUACGUGAAAGUGUAGCCAGACAUGUUCCUGUUUCCUAAGAAUACAGAUUUUCUGAGUUAAUGAACCGUACAUGAGUCGUGACGCGUAUUA